AUGUUUGUCAGUUAUUUAUUACAAUAUUAUGUACCAGCACAAAUAUUCAGUCGAUUAAUGGAGAAAUUAACGUGUCAUCAUGAAGCAUCGGGUCGUCGACGAUAUAUUAAUUUGAAAUUAAUGCGAAUUAGUCUGGUUAUAUUCUCAUAUGCAGCAGCUGUUUUAAUUCCUCGAUUAGAUUUAUUAUUAUCAUUGAUUGGAUCAUUGGCUGGAUCAACACUUGCUUUUAUAUUACCUGCUACUUUAGAAAUAAUUUUCUUAUGGCCUAAUCGUCAACAAAUCUCAUGGUUUUGGUUAACAGUAUUUACUAAACAUAUCAUCUUUAUAUCCAUUGGUCUUUUAAGUUGUUUUGGUGGUUUAAUUGCUACAAUUAUACAAAUUAUUGAAGCAUUCCACUCUAAAUAAUCCUAAUUAAAGUUGAUUAUGUAUGUAUUACUAUUGUAAAUCGUCAACAUCUUAUACACACAACCGUUGGUAUUGCCUCUGUUAACCAGUUAGACAGAGCAUAAUAUUCAUUCUUUAAAUACUCAAUGAUAUUCGUCUAUUUUUUAUGCCUACACGAUAUCAG